CCUUAAGCAGGCAGAGACAACACCUUAAGUAAAAGGCCAAAAAUGAAACAUGGUUGAGAUUUUAAAUAACUUUUUUAGGUUAAGUUUUAAUUUUUUAUUACAAAAUUUUCCUCUGGUAUUUGUUUUCAUAAGAUCUUAAAAUGAGCGUUUCGACUAAAAAGCCGCAAAAGAAAUCUAGUAAAAUUAAAUUCGGAUCAAGUAGUUAUAAAUCCGAAGAAGUAUUUAGUCUUCCACUUCCCAAAACUCAAAGGAAACUUCCUAAAAGAGAAAGCUCCUUUAGCGAUGAUUGCUUUCAAGAUUCAACUAAAUAUGAAGAAAAACUUAAAAGGUUUAGAAAGAAGCUGAAAACACGAACUGAAAUUGAGCCAAUAUAUCCUUCUACUUCAGAACAAUUUGAUCUGACCACCCUUCAAAAAAGACUUCUUUUAAAUAGAAAGUUAAGGUCCAAAAAAACUGAAGAGUUUGAGAAAUCUGAUAACGAUUUUAACUUAAAUGAGUUUUUUAGUAAUAAGCGAAGUAUUUUAACUAGAAAGUUACGAUUCAAAAAAACUGAAGAUUUAGAUGAAUCUGACAUUGAUUUUAACUUAAAUGAAUUUUUUAGUAAUAAGGAACAAAGCUUUGACGAAUCUUUUACUGAGUCGCAUUCUGGGAUUGAUUAUGAGUUUCUUAGUAAUGAUAUGAGUAAGGUUCAAAUUAAAAAUAGUAGAAUAUAUGAUAAAAAUAGUUCUGUAAUUAAUGAUAAAGAUACAAUAAAUUGUACCAUUGAGAACAUUUCUGAUGAAGAUGAAGAAAAUUCUAUUGGCAGUAGUGUCUUGAUUGAUAAUGCUAUUUCAGAGGUCUCUUUAGAGUCUUCAUCUGUUGAAAUUGUGUCAAGGAAUGAGGACAUAAUAAGGAUCAGUAGUGAAGAAGUUAUUUGUUUGGACUCUGAGACACAAGACAUUAAUAGAAGCAAAAUAGAAACUUCCCAUCAGAAAAAUGAUUCUUAUAAAUAUUUUGACUUUGGUUCUCAAAAAUUAGUAAUUCUUAAAAAAAACUAUGCAGUGCCAUUUUUUGGUCUAUGUUCUUUAAAAGUUUUACAUGGAAAACUCAAAAUUUUGGGUUGCACUUUAAACAAGAGGUCUAAGGAAGUUGAUGUAUACUCACCAAGAGGUUCUUCAUUGUUAGUUGUGAGAAACAUUACAAAUAAUAAUGAAGAGAAUGAUUUUGAAGAAAUUAAACCUAUUUUAAAUAGCAAUGAAAAUUUAAAAAAAGUAAAACUAGAUAUAACUUCAGUUAUUUUUAUUUGCUCAAAAUUAGAAGAUUGCAGAAUCAAAUUAAUUGAAAAAUACAUUUCACAGCAAAUUUUUCCAAAAAUAGAGGCUCCUCAAAUAAUUUUCGACCCCAAAGAUAAAUUUAAUAUACUUGCAACCAAUGAAGAAUGGGAUAAAGUUCUAAAAUAUGUUAAUGUCUCCACAAAAUUGUUAAUUGCUGGUGGUAAAGGUGUUGGAAAGAGUACAUUUUUGAGAUACUCGAUAAAUUCACUUUUAACUAGGUUUGAAAAAAUUAGGAUUAUAGAUUUGGAUCCUGGACAGUCGGAAUGUUCAGUACCUGGAAGUAUAUCAGUUUUAACUAUAUCAGAUCCUAUUCUUGGGCCCAAUUAUACACACUUGCAAAGGACACAACGGUCAUAUUUAUCAAAUAUUAAUAUAGGCCACAACCCAAAGAAAUACUUGCAGCUAAUUAAAUUUCUGAUGGACUCGCUAGAUACAACAGAGGACCUCCCAACAGUGAUCAAUUACAUGGGAUUCGCUAAAGGCAUAGGCAUAAACAUAAUUUCGUCUGCUAUCACUAGCCUGAGACCCACUGAUCUAAUCCAAAUAGAAAGUAAAAGUCACAAAAAAAAUUUCGAGACUGACUUGACCGUAAAAACUGUUACAGAAAAUUGUUAUUUAUUUGGUGGAAAUUCAAAAAAUUUGAAGUUUAAUUUUAAAAAAAUGGUUGCAAUGACUGAUGAUAAUACAGGGUGGUCUUUGGAGUCUAGACUGACUAGGGAGAUGUGUAUUUUAGCAUAUUUUGGUGAAAUGAUGAAAAAUGGUGCAGAUUCAUUGCAUAGUCACAAUUUGCCUAUGUAUGAACUUGAUUUGAACUGCUUCAAAAUUACUGACACAGAUGGUAACAAUUUACCCCUGGCUGCUGUAAAUGCUGGUGUGGUUACCUUAUGUUCUCGAAGUGAAAACAGUCAAAUAUUCAUCGUUUUGGGCUAUGGACUGGUUAGAGGAAUUGAUCAACAGGCCGAAACACUUGUACUAAUUACCCCGGAACCUUUAGAUGUUCUUGAAAAUGUAUUUUAUUUAGUAUCAAGCGGUGUUUCUUUACCUCCCUCUGUAUACAUGUCAACUGAUGGUAUUACAGGGCCAAUACCUUAUGUUAUGGAAGGCGAAUUGGAAGGUCUGGGACAGAUUACUAAAAGGUCAUAUAUUCCAGCUAAUAAGAAAUAAAUGUUUUGAUUAUUUUAGGCAUUAUUUUUUUCAGUUAUUUGAAUAAAAAUUGUUUUUAUUUUUGAUGAAAUAUAUUUUUGUUGAAAUA